CCUCCCCGCGGGUUCCUGGCCUAGCCAGAUACUGCGCAGCAAUCACGGUUCUCCAUCACCAGUUUGCCUGGCGUCUCCGAGGCCGCGAGCUCCUGGAGGCUCCCCGUGGCCCAGAGUUAUAGUCGGGACACCUCGGUCGCGGGUGAUUGUCGGGUCUCCACGGGCCCGGGUCGCUGGGGCGGAUCAGGCUCCAGUGCCUUCUCGGGGCUCCCCGCAAGGCCGUAGGCGAGAUGAACAUUCUGGCGCCGGUGCGGAGGGACCGCGUCCUGGCGGAGCUGCCCCAGUGCCUGAGGAAGGAGGCCGCUUUGCACGUGCACAGAGACUUCAACCCCCGCGUCACCUGCGCCUGCCAGGAGCACCGGACAGGCACCGUGGGAUUUAAGAUCUCCAAAGUCAUUGUGGUGGGGGACCUGUCUGUAGGGAAGACUUGUCUCAUUAAUAGGUUCUGCAAAGAUACUUUUGAUAAGAAUUACAAGGCCACCAUUGGAGUGGACUUUGAGAUGGAACGAUUUGAGGUGUUGGGCGUCCCCUUCAGUCUGCAGCUCUGGGAUACUGCUGGACAGGAGAGGUUCAAAUGCAUUGCAUCAACCUAUUACCGAGGGGCUCAAGCCAUCAUCAUCGUCUUCAACCUGAAUGAUGUGGCCUCCCUGGAACAUACCAAGCAGUGGCUAGCUGAUGCACUCAAGGAGAACGACCCUUCCAGUGUGCUUCUCUUCCUCGUGGGUUCCAAGAAGGACUUGAGUACUCCUGCUCAGUAUAUGCUAAUGGAGAAAGACGCACUCAAGGUGGCCCAAGAGAUGAAGGCUGAGUACUGGGCGGUCUCAUCUCUCACUGGUGAAAAUGUCCGGGAAUUCUUCUUCCGUGUGGCGGCACUGACCUUUGAGGCCAACGUGCUGGCUGAGCUGGAGAAAUCGGGGGCCCGGCGCAUUGGGGAUGUUGUCCGCAUCAACAGUGAUGACAGCAACCUUUACCUAACUGCCAACAAGAAGAAGCCCACAUGCUGCCCAUGAGCGGUAAGGGGACGGUCGAGAGACUGGCCAGCCCUGGGGCACUGUGCCACCUUGAUUGCCCUAGAGCUCGACCCUGGACAUUUGCACUGAUUGUUUUUCCAGACCAAAGAGCUGCCCCUUCGUGGCAGUACCCCUGCAGGGGUAGCAGGGACCAUGUUAGUCACUUCCUGCCCCAGACACCAUGCCAAAGACUAGAUGUCCUCCCUCCCCAGGGGCUCUCCAGGCUGCCCAGCAGUGGGGAGGUAGUCCCUGCUGCUUUUGCUUAGCCUGCUGGACCCCUUGAGUAUGAGGAUGCUUAAUGAUUCAAGCCUUACACUGUGCCUUAUGCAUUAAAAUCUCUGUUAUUAGCA